AUGGGAAUGUCACGCUCAGCAAGGAUAUCCCUCCUCCUCCUCAUCGACGUUAUCUUCUUCUGGGUCGAACUUAUCGUUGGUUAUGUGGUUGGUUCCCUCGCACUUGUGGCUGACAGCUUCCACAUGCUUAACGACGUGAUUAGCCUGGUGGUCGCACUCUAUGCAAUCAGGGGAUCACCGAAGGACUCACGAUAUUCCUAUGGGUGGCACCGCGCAGAGAUCCUCGCCGCUUUGAUUAAUGGGGUUUUCCUCCUUGCACUGUGCUUCUCCAUUUCCCUGGAGGCUAUAGAACGCUUCUUCUCAAUCCCAAAAAUCUCCAACCCCCGCCUUAUAGUUAUCGUCGGCUCUCUCGGCCUAGCGUCGAACAUUUUUGGAUUGUUCCUAUUCCACGAACAUGGGCAUUCACACAGUCACUCCACUCCUUCCACACCAGCGAGGCCUGCUCAUGUUGCUCUCGAAGAAGCGCCACAGCUCAGGCACGCUCGUUCGCGCACGGAAUCCCACUCCUCCGAGUCUCUGUCCGGUCAUCCAGCGGCCACUCGCGCAUCUUUGGUCCAGUUCGCAAACGAUCUCGCGUACACGUCGCGGAGUGGCCUUUCGCUUGAAGCCGAAGGCGCGCAGCGCACUGCGUUAUCACUGACCGAUGACACGCAGAAUAACGGGAACAGUUUAGCUGCCCCCGCGACUCGGAUACUCGACCCCGAGACCAUUGACGCCGGUUAUCAGCAUGAGCAUGGCGGACAUUCGCACGCGGGCUCGAUGAACAUGCGUGCUUUGCUGCUUCACGUCCUCGGUGAUGCCCUCGGUAACGUCGGCGUCAUUGUUACAGGCCUCAUCAUCUGGCUCACCAACUGGAGCUUUAAAUUCUACUUCGACCCCAUAAUCAGCUUGGUAAUCGCAACCAUCAUAUUCUCCACCGCUCUCCCAUUGGUGCGGAGCACGUCGUUCGUUCUUCUCCAACGAGCACCUUCUACCAUUUCGAUUGAGCGGGUUCGGGCGGCGAUAUUGGGCGUCGAAGGCGUCCUGUCGCUCCACGAGCUGCACAUCUGGCAGCUUUCGGAAAGCAAGAUCGUUGCUUCGGUCCACGUCUUGACAUCCACCGAGCACCAGUUCAUGCCCGUCGCGGUGAAUAUCAGAGAAGUGCUGCACCAUCACGGCAUCCACUCGAGCACCAUACAACCAGAGUAUCACCCCCUUCGAAUGGUCCCCGAAGAACACCUCAAUAACGUAAACCCCCUCCUGCCCCGGAUGUUUGAUAGAGAUAGUCUACCGGAGGAACAUGUCUUCGUUGUGUAA